AUGAACUUCGUCCCAGAAACCCACUCUUGGCCCACAACCACCGACCACCCCAUCUCCUCCUCCCCUCUCCCCGUCGUCGACCUCUCCGGCUCCAACAGAAUGUGGUCGGAGGGGUUCACGUUUGCGGGGACGUCGGUAGGGGAGCAUGCGAGGAAGUUGUGGCCUGACGAUCCUUCGCAGUUUUGCAAUGUAAUAGAGGACUACGACAAAGAGAUGAAGGGGCUCUCUAUGCGGUUAAUGCAACUCAUGCUCCUCUCUCUAGGCCUCAAAGACGACUGCACAACCCUAAUCCAAGACCCCAACGAGCUAACGGGUGCUGUCCGAUUAAACUCUUACCCGGCCUGUCCCGACCCGGACCGGGCCAUGGGCAUGGCGGCCCAUUCCGACUCGAGCCUAGUCACCAUCCUCUACCAAAACAGCACACCGGGGCUCCAAGUCUUAAGGCCGAGUAAUGGCUCCGGCCCGGCAAUGGCGACGGCGACCGCGUCAACGGGAAGCCUAAUCCAACACGAAGAGCUUCGGCGCUUACUUGUGGGCCGGCGAGGCGAAGUGUCGCCGCUGCCCGACAUUGUUGUUGGCCCAGCCCAAGGCCCAAUUUAUAGGGGAGUGACUUGGCCUGAGUAUAGAGAUAUAAAGGCUGACCUUUUUCAGGAGGCACUGGAUUCGUUGAAGAUGUAGCAUCGAUCAGCAUGCAGUGGCGAUGGUGGUUGGAAGUAUAAUGAUAAUAUAUAUAUACUGAUGAUAAUGCUUACAUGAGAUAUAGAGAGAGAAUAAAAUGUUCCCGAUAAUUUCAUAUGUGCUUAUAAAUCUUUUGGUUUAAUUUCA